UACUCAGGAGAUUAUUCAAGCGGAUUGGAGGUAACAACAUUGUCGAGUUGAGUAAUUUGUUUACAAUAUAGGUGACAAAGACAGUUUUCUUAUCAUUAUUUGAAAUCCGUUGUUAUCAUCUGAGACUCUGGUUCAAUCACUGGAGUUGAUUGCAGUGGGUUCAAUGCUGUCUCCUCAGAGUGCAAAAGUAUCGCUGAACAACGGCCAGAAGAGACAACGACGAAAAUAAAGUGCCGAGAAUUUGGUUUGCAAAGGUUGGAAACAGAAUGGCUGAUAGUGAACAAGAUAACCUGGAUCGUGGGGACGGCGAUGGAUUGAAGACAGAUAACUUUUUUACAUUGAAAAAAUGGAACGCUGUCGCUAUGUGGAGCUGGGAUGUCGAAUGUGACACCUGCGCUAUAUGUCGAGUCCAAGUCAUGGACGCCUGUCUCCGCUGCCAAGCCGAGAGCAAGAAAGACUUUUACGGAAAACAGGACUGCGUCGUUGUGUGGGGAGAGUGCAAUCAUUCCUUUCAUUAUUGCUGCAUGUCACUUUGGGUCAAGCAGAACAACAGAUGUCCCCUCUGCCAGCAGGAGUGGUCGAUUCAACGCAUGGGGAAAUAAAAAUAUCGCCCGAAAUCAACGGAUCAUUUUUUAAUUGGUUUUCUGUAAUUAUUCUUCAUUGACGUUUUCAUUUUUCUUCAAUUUUCUUUCUUUUUUUUAUACACACGUACAAUAUCUCCUCGGUCGAUUAUCUCUCUCUCUCUCUCUCUCUCUCUUUCCGUUGUUGGUCGCCUCGUACAUUAUAAUACCCGGUAACCCGCCAAUAAAUAUCGAACAACAACGGGAGCUAUCUAAUUGUACGUAAACAAUUUUCCGAUCCGCUCUCUUUAUAUUGUAAACCUCGACCGUGUAUUAUCCGGACACGCUGAUUAUACACGAGGAAAUGAAAGAUGGGAA